AUGUUUGGGGGCGGGAGAUACUUCGGCCUUCGUGGUCAGAAGUUGACUCUGGCUAUCAAUAUCAUUGCUGGUCUUGACUUCCUCCUCUUCGGUUACGAUCAAGGUGUCAUGGGAGGGCUUCUCACCCUCGGAAGUUGGGUCAAACAGUUCCCCGAAAUCGAUACAGUAAACAACUCAGGCAACACGCAUAUCUCUACCAUCCAAGGUAUUUCCGUUGCCAGUUACAAUGUCGGCUGUUUCGUCGGUGCCGUCAUCACCAUUUUCAUCGGAGACAUCCUCGGCAGAAGGAAGAUGAUUUUCUUGGGCUCGUCGAUCAUGAUUGUCGGUGCCGUUCUGCAAGCUUCUGCAUUCACUCUGGCACAUUUGAUUGUCGGAAGAAUCAUUACUGGAUUUGGGAAUGGAAUGAAUACCUCGACGGUUCCUACCUGGGCAUCUGAGACGUCGAAGUCGCAUAAACGCGGGAAGAUGGUCAUGGUCGAAGGAGCUAUGAUUACGGGAGGGAUAGCACUAAGUUACUGGAUCGACUUUGGGUUCUCUUUCCUCGAGCCCAGCAGUGUGUCGUGGCGAUUCCCUAUUGCAUUCCAGAUCGUUUUCGCGGUCCUGUUACUCAUUUUCAUCAUGGAACUUCCGGAGUCCCCUCGAUGGCUCAUCCUCAAGGGAAACGAAGCCGAAGCUACAUCUGUCAUUUCGGCCUUAGCAGACCUUCCAGCCGACGACCAACUCGUUAAGGUCGAGUUCACCAUGAUCAAAGACACCGUCCUCGAAAUGAAAGAACAUGGAUGGGCGGACCUCUUUACCAUGGGACCGGAACGGCAAUUCCACCGCGUUGUUCUAGGUUACGUGAACCAAGUGUUUCAACAGAUCAGCGGAAUAAACCUGAUUACUUACUAUGCCGCAACCAUUUACGAAGAAUACAUUGGUCUCGGAGGAACAACAGCUCGCAUCCUCGCCGCAGCGAACGGAACCGAGUACUUCCUCGCAUCCUGGAUCGCCGUCUACACCAUCGAGCGGUUCGGCCGUCGGCAGCUCAUGCUCUUUGGCGCAGCAGGUAUGUCAGGAUCCAUGGCCUUGCUGGCUGGCAUGAACUACAUGUCUCAAGUCAACCGGGGUGGUUCGGCACCUGGUAUUAUCUCAGCCGUCAUGCUCUUCGUCUUCAAUACGUUCUUCGCUAUCGGUUGGCUGGGUAUGACUUGGCUGUAUCCGGCUGAGAUUGUGCCUCUGAAAAUCAGAGCUCCUGCCAAUGGGUUGAGCACGAGUGCGAAUUGGGCAUUUAAUUUCAUGGUUGUUAUGAUUACGCCGGUUUCGUUUACAUCGAUUGGGUAUCAGACUUAUAUCAUCUUUGCGGUCAUCAACGCAUUCAUCUUUCCUGUAGUCUACUUCUUCUACCCCGAGACAGCGUAUCGCUCUCUUGAAGAAAUCGACACGAUAUUCCGCAAGACGACGAAGGGAUGGAGGGGCUGGCUCGAUGUCGUGAAGACUGCGAGGAAUAAGCCGUUGAUAUAUGGGAAGCAUGGGGAGUUGUUGGUCGAUUAUGUUAAUACGGAGGAGCAUGCUGAGAGGGUGGGGAGCGUGGCGCAUCAGGGUGGUGUAAAGGGUGGGGAGGUGAGAGGGUUGGAAAAUGGUAAUGGGAGUGGUAAUGGGAGUCAGGAGUCGAGUGUGUUGGAGAAGGGAAGUGGUCAGGUAUAG